UCACUUGAGUCCCUAACCGGCUAACCCUAUUUUUCCUCCCUUCUUCAGCGCCGCUUCUCUUCAGUCUUCACUGUGCGUUGAUCCAAAACUAGGUGACUCUUCAGUCUUCACUUUCUGCUUACAAAGUACAAAUCUAGCUCUGUUCUAUCGCCACUCGCCACUGUCGCCGUUGAUUAUCGUCGUUUCCGGAAAGCUCUUGGCAGUUGCGCUCACUUGACAGCUCUAAGACGAGAUUCAAUUGCGAAGAGUGUUGACUUCGUCUUGCUUUGCUUCAUUCAACUCGUUUAAGACUCACCAAUUUGAUUAAGUAUGUCGGACGACGAGAGAGAAGAGAAGGAAUUGGAUCUGACAAGUCCAAAAGUUGUUACCAGAGGCUAUGCAGCUAGUGGUGUCUGAAUGCAAGACAAAAGCUAAGAUAGUUGAUCUUUGUGAAAAAGGAGAUGCCUUUAUCAAAGAGCAAACAGGGAAUAUAUACAAGAACGUGAAGAAGAAAAUCGAGAGGGGCGUGGCAUUUCCGACCUGCAUUUCAGUUAACAAUACCGUCUGCCAUUUUUCUCCACUGUCUAGUGAUGAGACAGUAUUGGAAGAAGGUGAUAUGGUGAAAAUGCAAAAAUCGGAUGUAACAGAAGCUAUUCAGAAAGUUGCUGCAGCAUAUGACUGCAAGAUCGUUGAGGGUGUUUUGAGCCAUCAAAUGAAGCAGUUUGUGAUUGACGGAAACAAAGUCGUCUCAAGUGUGUCCAAUCCUGAUACCAGAGUAGACGAUGCAGAGUUUGAGGAGAAUGAGGUCUAUUCGGUUAACAUUGUUACAAGCACCGGUGAAGGAAAGCCAAUAUUGUUGGACGGGAAACAAACAACCAUCUACAAGAGAGCUGUAGAUAAAAGCUACAACCUGAAGAUGAAAGCAUCGAGGGUUAUCUUCAGAGAAAUCAGUCAGAAGGUCCCUAUCAUGCCAUUUACAGCAAGGGAUUUGGAGGAGAAAAGAGCUCGUGUGGGACUAGUCGAAUGCGUUAAACAUGAACUUUUGCAGCCAUAUCCUGUUCUACAUGAGAAACCUGGUGAUUUGGUUGCUCACAUAAAAUUCACUGUGCUAUUGAUGCCUAAUGGGCCAGAUAGGAUCACAUCUCAUGCUAUCCAGGAGCUGACACCUGCGAAGACAAUAGACAAUGAGCCUGAAAUCAAGACCUGGCUAGCCUUACCUGUGAAGACCAAGAAGAAAAAGAAAGCAGCUGAGAAAAUGUCACUGGAAUAUAAGUUGGUGGGUGAAAUGUUACUGAAUGGAAUGUUGCAGAGUCUCAACCUAUGGAAGGAGAAAUAAUUGUUGCUGAAUCUUAACAAGUUGAUGGUGCUUGAUUGAUUCAAUUCCAAGAACUAUUUGGUUCUCAUUGUUAUUUGAUCUAGGAUUAAUGAGGUCGUUUUGGACCUUUAUUGUGGCCUUUUUGCUAUACAAGACAGUUCUUUGUCCGGAGACUUUUGUCUUGUUAAAUUAUCCAGUGGGGUUUUCAAUUUUCUAAUGCUUUUAUUGUCCAAAGCUU